CAGCUCUUGUUAGAAUCUUUGAUUGCACAAAAACAAUAUGGCGGACGAGAAUGAAAGUAUUGUUGAAUAUUUGUCUACAAAGUGUGGCUGCACUGGCAUACGUAGCUGUCUUUUCUGUAAAGAUAACACCAAGACAAGCCAGUCUACAACAUCAGUAGAUGAGGCAAAAACAAAAUAUUUAUUUUGUCAUUUGUGCAGUCAAACACUUCCACUUGGAGGAACUUGUUCGCAUGAACUGGGCGACUGUGGUCGGUACGGACCAUCGCUAGAUGGUAUUACCCUGAUAGAAGAUUUUGUGUCCCAAAGAGAAGAAGCUCGUAUUGUCCAAGUGAUAGAUGAGACAGUAUGGAAGCCUUCACAGUCCGGAAGACGAAAGCAGGAUUAUGGCCCUCAAGUAAAUUUCAAAAAGAAGAAAGUCAAAAUGUCUCAUUUUAAUGGUUUGCCUGCGUUCAGUGGGUUCCUUGUCAGGAGGAUGAACGACGAUGUGCCAGGGCUCAAAGACUUUGUUCCUGUAGAGCUGUGUAAUCUGGAGUAUGAUGAAGCUAGAGGGUCUUCCAUUGAUGCUCAUUUUGAUGACUUCUGGUUAUGGGGUGAAAGACUUGUUACCCUAAACUUACUCUCAGCAACACGGCUUACCAUGACAAAAGAUACUUAUGAAAUAUCUGUUCCAAUGCCUAGGAGAUCACUGAUUAUUGUCAGCGGAGCAGCUCGGCAUUUGUGGCAGCAUGCAGUCAAGAGGGAGGAUAUUUCUGGGCGUAGAAUUGCUAUAACACUAAGAGAAUUGUCAGAGGAGUUCUGCAAAGGAGGAAGGAAUGAAAACGUGGGUUUUCAGGCAAUUAAGACUGCUCUCACAUUUAAUGGGACAUCUGUUCAAUUGAAUAUUAGCUCAAAUGAAUCUACAAAUAAAACAAUAUAAUCUUAAUGUUUAUUACUUAUAUUUUUUUUUCUACGAACCAAAUCAAAGAUAUUUUGAAUCAACAGCUGAUUAACAUUGUUCAUUUUUUACCAAUCACCAUAGAAACAAAUUUCUAAAUCCCUAUUUGAUUUUUACUGAGAAUUUUUUUCUGCCCUUCCUCUCCUCCUAGCAAAUGCAUGAAACGAUUACCCCCCUCCCCCCCUAAAGUGUUUGUUAUUCAACAGGUUAUCUGGAUUUUUGUAACAAGUACAUAAGGGGGGUAGAAUAGAUAAAUGUGAGAAGGGGGCGGUAGAAGCAAAGGUAUCAUAAAUAAAUCCUUUUUCGGUCAAUUUCACCCUUGACUGGGUUAGCGCGCCUUUGUGCUACAUUCCAAAAGCAAUCAAUAACCCGUAGAUAGUAUGGCACGCUGCGGAGUGUCGUGAUCGGCCUGUCACGCGUGACUGCGACUAGCGGGGGAGACGUUACGCCUGCCGAUUUCUCGCUUCUGAUUGGUUGGUUGUGCGGGCGGGCCUUGUUGAUUUCCAUAUGUAAGAUACAUGCGCGGCGCUCGGUUCUUGCUACUUGUAGUUCACUCAGGGUGUGUUGUCGAUACGGUCUUCAAAGAUCUUUCACGUUUUUCUGCAACCAUGUCGAGUAAAACGCUAGAUAGAGUCAAGGAGAAGAUGAAUGCUGUUAAAAAUGCCAUUGAUGACGCCGAGGAUCGCGAGGCUGAGGCAAAGUAUCACUUGAAAGAAGCGCUCGAGAGAGGCGACAAGGCGGAGGAAAACAUCGAAGGGAUGAUCAGAAGGCGAAAGUUACUAGAAGACGAGCUUGCUAGAAUAACAGCCAGCUUAGAUCAAGCGACCCAACAACUGUUCGAGAAAAGAAACAAGACCGAAGAGGAACAAGCGACAGAAAAGGAAUUAGGCCAUAUGGAAUUGGAGAUUGAUGAGGUCUUGAAUGAGCGCGAGUGUCAGUGUAAGGAGGCUCUCGCUAUCGCAGAAGAAAAACACCAGAAUUACAUCGACGCGUGCAGAAAGCACACCAAAGCUCAACUAGAUUGCGACCGAGCUAAAGAAAGGCUCGAGAAAGCACAGGAAAGAAUAGAAAGUUUGGAAUAUGAUCUGCAUAGAGCCGGGGAAACCAUGGUCGAAUUAGAGGCUAAAGACGAGGUAGCGAGCGAAAGAGAGAUGGAAAGAGAAGAAAAGAUUGCAUUCCUGCAAGCGGAGUUGAAAAAACUGGUGGAGAGAGAAGAUAUAGCCGAACGAGAAGUCCAGAAACUGCAGAGAAUUAUUGACGAAGAAUGCAUAGAAAUGGAGCAAA